AUGAUUUUUGUGUGGCCAACUGGUAUUAACUAUGAAAAAGUGCUACUGUUAGUCUCAGACGCUGCACCUUACAUGGUUAAGGCCGGCGCAGGGUUUAAAUUAAUGUACAGCAAGAUGAUACACUUAACAUGCUUAGUGCAUGGUGUACAUCGCGUAGCAGAAACAAUAAGAAGUUUAUAUCCUACAGUAAAUACCAUCAUUUCAAACGUGAAAAAUGUUUUUGUGAAAGCACCUAGUCGGGUCGCUCAUUUUAAAAAGAUGGAACCUGAUUUGCAAUUGCCUCCACAACCAAUUCUCACUAGAUGGGGAACUUGGCUAAAUGGUGCCUUUUAUUAUGCAGACAAUUUUAAAAAGAUCCGGGAAAUACUCGAAAGUCUAGAUGAGGACGAUGCAGCAUCAAUAGUCGAUGCUAAGAAAGCAAUGUCUACAAGAGGAGUAAAAGAUGACCUAGUAUAUAUAAAAUGCCAUUUUCAGUUUUUAAUUCAGACAAUUGCAACAUUAGAAACAAAAGAUCAGUCGCUGUCAGUUUCUUUAAAUAUUAUUAAAACUUUAUAUCAGAACAUCGAGAAGGCACCUCGCAAAGUAGCAAAAGAAGUUUUAAAAAAGAUGAAAAAUGUUUUAGAGAAAAAUCCUGGGUAUGAGAAAUUAGUUAAAAUAAAUAAACUUUUAAAUGGUGACUGA